CUCAACAAUCACACCUUCCACAUCUUAGAAAUGUACUAACCUCCGCUUCCUAACGUCCGACAUACCAGCAUGGCCAAGUGUGCCAACCUCAACCGCGAGCCGCGAGAUGUGGUCGAAGCUACAACUGACAUUGCAGGCCCUGGAGUAGUCAGUGUCUUGAUCAACACGGCACUCGACCUGACCCACGAACAAGCCCUCUACGCAUACUUCGUGUCGGCCAUCCUUGCAAUCUUGGCCAUCGUUUAUGGUUAUCUCUCCGACUCCUUGCCAGAAUCUUAUCUCAAUGAGACGGACAGAACAGUCCUUGCAAGCUUUCAAGCAUGCCUGCCAUCUGAGAAGAACGCUGCACGCAUGUAAACUUUGUACAACAGUGUCAAAUCUCUGCUACUGUUUGGUCGUCCAUCGAAACCAAACCGCAAGAUCACCAGGCGACAACGUAAGG